CAGAACGUCUCUUCUGGACAAAGAGCUGUGCAAGCAGAUGGGAACGGGCAAAAGGCGAAACCUGCCCUUCAGCCUGGCCUAAUAAGCAGGGGCGAGGGAGCAGAAAGCACAGUACACGGAUUGAGGCUACGUCGCCAAGAUGCCCCGGCCUGUAUGCCAUGGUGUCACAAUGAAUCGGGUGAGACGUGUACCGAGGACGGGGUAUCAAGUAACGGCGGUUCGUCAUGGUUUUGAAGAGGUAGCUUCCAACCACGGAUAGCCAAAGUUGAUAAACCUGCCACCAACCGAGCGCAGGAAGCUUGGGGGUCGUCUCCGACUUGGGAUCAACUGCACUGAAGCACACCCGGCCGUCAGUCACGUGAUGCAUCGCAUGGACCUUUGCCGUGCUGGAAUAAGACUGCUCGCUAUCGAGCACGAUCCACGAAGAUGCCGCCAGAGUACGGAUCCAAAGCGUACUGGGAUGAAAGGUUCGAGAAGGAAGAGAACUUCGAAUGGCUGGGAGACGGGCAGGCCAUGAUACCAGUCUUGCGAGCAUGGCUCCUGGGGGAUUCCACGUCUCCGAGAGGCGACUCGCAGGCAUCCGACGGGGCGCGCGUCCUCCAUAUAGGGGCGGGUACAUCGCGGCUGUCCAACAUGGUCGUGAGGGCGUUGUCAGACGUUGUGGACGCUAAGGGGCUGGUGGUCGUCAACACCGAUUUUUCCGAGGCGGUCGUCGAGCGUGGAAGGCAGGAACAGGAGCAGGAGCAGGGUUCGCGGGCGGUGCGAUGGGAACGGGUGGACCUGCUGCGGGAGGAAGACGUCCGUGGUCUGUUGCGUGCCGAGAGCAGUGGGACAGGUCAGGUUGCAAGGUUCGAUGCCGUGAUCGACAAAAGCACGUCGGACGCGAUCUCCUGCGCCCCGGACGUAUGGAUGAAAGGCCGGGAAAACGCACACGUCCUGGACACGCCAAGCACACACGAAGAGUCGUCGGGUACGCCAGUAGAAGCCCUCGAGGUUCUCGCUUUGCAUCUCGCAGCGGUCGUGAAGCCCCACGGAGUCUGGAUCGCCCUCUCGUACUCGAGCAACCGGUUUCCGUUCUUGAAGAAUGAUUCUCUAUGCCAUGACGCAGAGGAGAGAGACGUCCAUGCGUGCGGAUUAGCACCCUUCGCGUUUUGGACGGUGGAGAGGAAGGAAGCGGUAGACGCGCCAUCCGGACAGAGUAGGGAAGGGGUGCACGCGCCACCUGUGCAGCACUGGAUAUACGUCCUUCGCAGAUCGAAUGUCGCUUUCGACGAAUUCUGA